CUUAGUCAUAAUGCUCAUACAAUUUGGAUUAUCUACAAUCUCAUCAGUUGAUUAUUGUUGUUCUGCUGAUUUGUGAGAUGUACUGCUUUUGAUGACACGACGGAAUCGGGUUAAUUUUGGUAUUGGUGUCUAUUGACUUUCUUUGUGUUAUCUGACAGCAAGAAUAUUAUCGAUUAAUUCGUCUAAAUAAAACCAUCGGAUCUGGUUCGAUCGUGCAAUGGUAGUUUCAACAGCUAGUUUUCAAUCUCAUUUAUCGCCAAAGUCAUUUUUGUAUUAGAAGUCAUUCGCAAUGGUGCAAUUGAAAACUGAUAUUGAAGCCGCUAACGGUGAGCCUACCACUAAGAGCUUAACGGAUGGCCGUAUAUGCUUUCUGACUUAUUCGGUUAUAUUGUCACUGGUCUUCAUUGGAGUGGCCACAAAUUUCUACUACACUUUGUUGGAUAUUGAAACAUCUGAUGCGAAAUGCAUUUUAACUUCGACCUCACCGAAUUGGGAUCUUGUUAAUUUUUGUGAACACGUAAGAACAUGGAAAUUGUGCGGUUUUUACGGAAUUUUCCUGCCAGGGUGUAUAGUACUCAUUUUUGGAUCAGUCUCGCUAUUUGCGGGUAAGGACUCUCAAGCGAAUUCCGAAGACCGGUACCAAAUGUUUGACUGCCUAUUUUCAAUGACAAAGGUUAUCAAUGUUAUUGUGGUGAUCACACUCUGGACUUCUGACGUCGCUACGACUCACAUUACUGGAUCCCACGGGCUAGGAAUGGCAGCCAAAAUCUACAUGGUUUUCUUAGGUCUGGAGUUAGGGAUAGUUGUGGCUGUGCUAUUCAUAGCAUGUCUGUACGUUUUAUGUAGUUUCUGACAACUCUAUUUCGACUGAAUUACUGAAGUAAUGUAAUUUUUAAAGAUCUGAAAUCGUGAAUAAUAAAAUUUGUUCGAAGCAGUUCUUC